GUGACCCGGAUGAUGGCGGCCGGCGCGGCCCUAACCCUGGCCUUGUGGCUACUCCUGCUGCCAAUGGGGAUGGGAUGGGCGGGCCCCCCGCCGAUCCAGGACGGCGAGUUCACGUUCCUGUUGCCCGCGGGGAGGAAGCAGUGUUUCUACCAGUCUGCACCGGCGAACGCAAGCCUCGAGACCGAGUACCAGGUGAUCGGUGGUGCCGGGCUGGACGUGGACUUCUCCCUAGAGAGCCCUCAGGGUGUGCUGCUGGUCAGUGAGUCCCGCAAGGCGGAUGGGGUGCACACGGUGGAGCCCACGGAGGCCGGGGACUACAGGCUGUGCUUCGACAACUCCUUCAGCACCAUCUCGGACAAGCUCGUGUUCUUCGAACUCAUCUUCGACAGUCUGCAGGACGAUGAGGAAGGCGAGGGCUGGGCAGAGGCCCUGGGCUGGGCGGAGGCCGCAGAGCCGGAGGAGAUGCUGGACGUCAAGAUGGAGGACAUCAAGGAGUCCAUCGAGACCAUGAGGACCCGGUUGGAGCGCAGCAUCCAGGUGCUGACACUGCUGCGGGCCUUUGAGGCGCGAGACCGCAACCUGCAGGAGGGCAACCUGGAGCGAGUCAACUUCUGGUCCGCCGUCAACAUGGCGGUGCUGCUGCUGGUGGGCGUGCUACAGGUCUGCACGCUCAAGCGCUUCUUCCAGGACAAGCGCCCUGUGCCCACGUAGCCCCCGCCUGGGGCAGAGACCAGGGGACUGGAGAGCAGAGGGGCGUGUCUGUGAGAUCUGGGGGGGCCCUUCUCCAGCUUCCUUUCAGAGCAGGGUGGGGAGUGCCUCAAGGCUGAUGAGGCCCAGGGGCUGCUCCUGUCGCCCUGGAAACCAUGCAUGGUGAUUGGACAUUGCAGUGUUCGAACUUUCCGGUCAAUGUGCCUUAGCCAGAGCCCCCAGGGCCUGCUCCAUGCUGCUGAAGUGCCCGGCAGGGCCCAGGACGCUGGCUUUCACCGCUUCCUCUCCUGCCAGAGCCUCCGAGCCAGCUCCUGAGAAGAGUGGCCUGUGGCUGGGGUUCCCGGCCUGCCUUCCUGUUCUCUCAUUAGGGAUGGGUGCCAGGAGCCGGAAGGAAAUGCGGUGUUCUUACCCAUAAGGUCACUUUAUUAGGCACCAGGGGUCCCACCCCCGAACCCCUUAAGAGUGGCAGGGGGUGGGGCUCAGUAACAGUUCUGGAGG